CCUAUCCUUUGUGCAAACCCUUUUCAGUUUUUUUUAAACUUCUGCAACUCUCUAUGAAACUGGCACUGUCUCUAUUAUAUUUUCUGUGUAUAUUUUCAAAGCCUAAUACAAAGAAUUUAAUCUGGAACUUCCAUUUGUGUUCAAGGCAACAGACUAAAUAAACAGUGUCUGAGGUGAGGAGAGAAUCCCUGUAGCCUGGACUAGCACCAUGUGGUUGUAUUUGUCAAGUUGGAAAAAUCAGGAUUAAUUCCAUUACUCCACGGCCUCUUAGUCUCUGUGGUCACACAUGGGUCAGAGCAGAGAAAAAUUGAGUUAAACCUCUUUAUUUAUGUGGCCUGGUGGAUAGCAGGGGCCACUCUGAGAUAAGCGUGAUGCCUGAUGCGUUCUUCAUUUUGUUAACAGUAUUCCUGGGUUUCCCUUGCUCUUCCCAUUUCAAAGAUUAUCUGUAAAUGCAGGGUUGCAAUCCUCUUUUCCCAGGCACUUUUUAUCUGCGGCUGUCAUGGACUCAAUGGAUGCUUUUGUGAAUAGCCCAGAGCUGUGUUGGACAGUGUGCUUUGAAACUCAUGCCCAAGAUGUAUGGAAACCACUUUAUUAUUGCUUCAAGUUUUUAAAGGAUUUCAUGCACUUAAAGUUCAAGAUUUUAACAAGCCAAAAAGAUGAAAAUAGAUCAUUUUUACCCACGCUAUUGCAUCACAGCGGUGUUUUAACAAAAAAACAACAAAAAAAAAACCAAUGUGUAUCUUACAAAGCUUACUUGGAAACUUAGUCAGAUCUUUUUUGGUUAUAUCUUUCCUACUGUUGUCCAAAAAAAAAAAUAUUUUUUAAUUUGAGUAGAAGACUCCUCAGUUUAUGAAUGGAGCAAAAAUAAUCCUUUGAGUCAUUUGCUUUUUCAGAUUUUCCGGUAUAUGGAUGGGUGGGUGUUGGGGUUUCUUUGAUGUUCUGUGGAUACCAUUUGAGACCACUGCAUUAACCACGGAUUUGCCAUUUCUGUGAUAGAUUUUCCCAUCCCUUCUUUGAGCUCUUUGACUGGUUAUUUCCUUCUAUAUCUCUCUUUUUCUAUAAUCUUAACCCCCAGUUUCCAGCACUGAAACUAUUCUGGUCAUCAAAAUAAACAUAUUCUGUAACAGUGAUUUUGCAGUAGGUGGACACUAUAAAAAUCGAAUUAUGCUAUUGUGAUUUAUGGUCAAACACAAACACUUCCCCUUAUUGAGCCUCUGUCAUGCUCUGUGAGUGAAGCAUAGACUUGAUGCAAUAGCCGAUAAAAUCAGGAUAAAAGAUACUGAUUGAAUGAAUCGUGGGAAAAUCAAUAAUAUCGGAAAAAGUUCUUUGGCAAAUCGCCCACCUCUCUUUUACAGCAGUCUCUUGAUGGUUAGAAUACAAAAGUGUUCUGACAAAGGUGCUUAGUAAGGGGCCAAUAAGAUGCUGGCAGCUACUUUAAAUCAAUCAGCAGUACUCAAUAAGACUAGUGCAAAGCUCCAGUAGUGAGAAGUAAUAAGGAUUUUGAAAACCUCUUGGUAUUACUAAGACUUAUGAUACUACUGCAAUGCAUUAGGCUAUAUAUAACAUUAAGAACGUCGGACAAUAAUGCCGCUCCGCGUACCAAAACUAAAUCAAAACUCUAGAACAAACCAUGUCUAAAUUACAUUACAUUAUAAAUCAUGUGGCCAGCCUCACAUGCAUCAAGUAUGUUGACUCAUUGCACUACUUGAUGGAUUCUGGUCACUGCAGACCAGACACACCCCAUAAAAUCUGUUAAUUUGAAGAAGCUCUUUUCUACUUAAAUUGCCAAUCUGAUUUGUUUAUAAUCAAGCUGACUAAAAUGCGCUUAACUUUAAUGUGCCUUUAGUUUCUGCUUGUAAACUCACCAGAUCAAAUAACAGGACUGUUUCAGGUUAAUAAGGAAGAGCAUCUGGUGCAAAACUACUCUACAGCGUGUGAAGUGGAUGACCAGCUCCAUGGCCAAAGGGACACAUUGCCCUCCUCAAUGAAUCCACGAACCACAGUGUGAGAAACACUGACUAUACUGGAUUAAAAAAGGCCUUUGGGGUUUUUAAUGUUUGAAAUGGAAUAAUCAUUUAGUAUCCUUUUGUCCCAUUCUGAAUAGGUCUUGCAUAUUACUUUACCCUCUUCAUUUCCUGUACCUGUGAUUUUAUGACAUCUGACACAAACACUGCUCUAAUCACUCAUCUGCCACAAUCUCAAGGACUGAGGAGCAGUAAUGGAAAAAUAAUACCCAAGUAGUACUAUACCGUAUUUUGGUUGUGUUUGAUGGAUCCCCUGCUCUCCUCUCACGCAGAAGGAGCCCAUGUGGAAGAAUCUGAGCUGAGACAGUCCCGGAUGAGACGUGACAUGUUGACCAAAUACACACAGACUGGAUGCACACCAUCGGCCCCAAGUGACAAUGACCUGGUGCUUUCAAAGACAACAGCAGCAUAACCUUAGCAUUUGUGUUACUACUAUAAAAAGAAGGAAGGAAAGACCUGCAGAACCUCUCCUUUACACAGCGAGGCUGGAUGAGUCUGUCACUGAAGCUCCUGCAGUCCAGAGGACAGCCCAGGACAGAGCUGGACCUCAUAGUGACCUUGUCCAGAUUCUUCCCCUCCCUCUGCUCCAGUGGAACACACCAUACAGGACCUAUACUUGAGGAUUCCCCUGGAAGAGAUGGAGGAAGUGCCUGUGGUGAGAGAAGUCUGUGCAUCUUUGCUCAGACAGCUGAUCCCAAAACACAGCUCAGGAGGGAGAAGGCGAUACAAGAAGCUGCAUGAAAGUCAAUAUUUUAGUGUCAGUAGACAUUGCUUUAAAACAAGUCCGCUGAGGUCCUCUCUCCAGUCGCACGUUUUCUGGGCUGGAAAUGAGACACAAUGACCUUCAGCUCCACUCGUGUAGUGCCAGUUGGCAUCAUAUGAAAUACUCAUCUAUCUGGGAGUAUGAGGCUGCAGAGCUCCACUGUAAAUCUUAGAGACAACUGAACCAGUGUUUGUGAUGGACAUUUGUACCACUUCUCCCCUCACUCCACCACCAAAGAUCUCCACUGUGCACUCCUCACCUGCUUGGAAGAACAAUAUUUGAACCAAUCAUUGUCACAAGAAUUACAGACUUUGUCGCUAGGAUUCUGUAAAGAGCAAGUGGUGGACCAUGUGACACUUGACCUUCUGCGCCGCUACCUCAUGUGCACUCCAGAAGAUGUCAAAGCCGCUCUGAAGUCCCUCUCUCGCAAUUCAUUUUCUUUUCAUGUGUUGUUCGGCGAUACUCCAGCCACCAUGGGCGAGCCGUGAAGGAGGGGGUUUAGUCCAGGGCUGGAUCUUCAUGUAUCGAGGAGUACCAGUGCCGUAAAGCCAUGGAUUUGACUGAGAUCCUAUUCAGAGUACAAGUGGUGUGAGAGAGAUUGCAGAGGUGGGAUUGGACUUAGAGAGUUGGGCUGAUAAAGCUGCUGAGCUGACAACCCCAUGCUGGAUCUGCAGUGAGCACAGCCAGGGACCGAGCGGAGGAGGAUGUCAGCAGAGGCCGAGCUACAGCCGGGUGUGAAAACCAGCCAGCGCAAGGAGUCCCGCAGGAUCAAGGGUCAAGACCGGACAGAGGCGGGACUUAUUAAGCGUUUCCGUGGAGAUGGUGUGCGCUACAAGGCCAAGCUGAUUGGGAUUGAUGAGGUGACGGCUGCACGGGGAGACAAGCUGUGCCAGGACUCCAUGAUGAAGCUCAAGGGAAUGGCGUCGUCGGCACGUUCCAAGGGGGAGCACAAGCAGAGAGUCUUCUUGACUAUCUCCUUUGGGGGAAUCAAAAUGUACUGUGAAAGAUCAGGGGUUCUCCUGCAUCACCACUCUGUCCAUGAGAUCAGCUACAUCGCUAAGGACACAAGGGACCAUCGUGCCUUUGGUUAUGUGUGUGGGAAGGAGGGCCACCAUCGCUUUGUGGCCAUCAAAACGGCACAAUCUGCCGAGCCUCUCAUCAUUGACCUGCGGGACCUCUUCACUCUCAUCUAUGACAUUAAACAGCGAGAGGAGCUGGAGAAGAAGGCACAGAAGGACAAGCAAUGUGAGCAGGCAGUGUAUCAGACCAUUCUGGAGGAUGAAGUGGACGACCCCGUUUACCAGUACAUAGUGUUUGAGGCUGGACAUGAGCCGCUGCGAGUCCCUCAGUCAGAGGAGAGCGUGUAUCAGGUCCCAACCAGUCAGCAGAAGGAAGGGAUCUAUGAUGUCCCAAAACGCCAUUUCUUCACUAAUAUCAACCACUUUGAUCUGUUUGGAGACAUGUCUACUCCUCCCUCUAUGCCGCCGUCUCCUGCCAACACUCUGGACCCAAGUCGUAGCAGCCGCCAUCAGCAGCACGCCGCAGCCGCUGAGAUGUACGCUCCGUUCAGCCCCACUUCUGUGCCAUCAGGCUACAUGACCAUGGGGCCGGUACAGGCAGCGCAGUGGGCACAGCAGGGCUUUGCUGGACAGGCCCAGACUCUUGCCUUUCCUGUUCAGGGGCCUCUCCAGGUUGCACAGGUCCUGCCCAGCGGCCAGCCGCUCAUCUGGAGUCAGGCCAACAUUUUCCCUGCCACACAGCAGCAAUGGGCGGCUAUGGCGGCCUACAUGCCUGCUUCGACUGUGGGUGUAGGAGGCCACGCCAUCCCUGCUGCCAUGCUGCAGGGUCUGGUGCCCAUCACAGCCGUGUGUCCUCAGGCCUGUGAGCUGUCUGCACCCUCUUCUGCCAUCACCAGCCCUCAGCACAGCACUGACCCUGCCCUCAUACAGAGGCACAUGAGUCUGAGAGAUGACUCUGAUGCAGGGGAGGGGCCCUCGUCCUUAGUGCUGACCAGUGUCGGGGUUACCUCAGCUACAGUCAGCAGGUGUGGGACCCCGGGCCCCAUGAGUGCCCCGGACACUCUGGUGUGCACUCAGAUGCUGUCUGCAACCUCUCCGCUGGGCAACACUGCACAGGAGGAGGAUGGCUGCUGCAGUGACCUUGACCUGUCCCGCAUGACCUUGAGCCCAGGGACCUCCACGUCCCCAUCUACAGAAUCUCCCUCGACUCCAGCCCCUCAUCAGAGCUCAUCCCAGGCCAGUGACCCCCUGGAGCCCCCUGUGGACCCCGAGAGUACCAAGGAGGAGCACACGUGCUCGGCUGAUGUGAGGUCAGUGUCUCCUGAGCCCUGUGCCGAUCUGGACACAGUGCAGGAUCAGGGCUGCCCAAAUGAAGACAGCUAGAGUACAGUACACUCAGAUGACAGACUCUGAAAAUGGUGUUUUACAACCGAGAGAAGAGAGAGGGACUGUGACUGUGACCUGCUGCUUCUGGAGCAGCCAGCUCUACACACUUAAACAGAUGAGCUGUUUAUUAACCUUUAAAAGGACUUGAAUCUUUGCAUCUGCUUUCUGCAAGAGGCCAUAUACUGUACUCCACAAAUGUACCAGUCUGUCGGGAAGUGACCUUUGAACUUUGGUUGGAAAUCCUGGCUCUAUACAAGGCUGCUCCUGUGGAAGGUGAACAAGGAGACCGUAUCUUUACAGCUGAAAGCUGUCACCAGUGAAGACUGGACCAGCAGAUGGAUUUGCCAAAAGCUCUCAUCUAGUGGCUCAUGAUUCAUCCAUUUGCAUGUACCAACAGGUCCAUGGACUCCAGUGUGAGCAGCUUCUUUAAAGAUUUCAACAAAUCAAGAUGAGCUUGUACUCAAUAUUUUCUAAGCUGUGAAGUAAUAUUGAUGAUGCAGAGUCAUUCGAGUUAUCAGAUGACUUUGAGCAUCAAUCUUUAAAUCAGAUUUGCCAAACAUUUAUUUUGUAAAUAAGAAUCGUCCCAGUGCCCCAUCCCUGAGCCUCUGUGCCAUAUACAAUGCUCUCUGCCUCUGCCAUCCUCUGUGUGUCCGACCAGCACCUCCAUAGACGUCUGGAUGUUCGUUAGCUUUCGCUGCCAUUUCUAAGUUUUCUUCUUCUGUUUACUUAUGAACUGUGAAUCUGUGUUACAUGGCCAUUUGGAAUAAAAUAUGUCUCACUUGUUGUGAACUUGAGAGAUGAAAAACCAGAAUUUACCAGAAUUUUAUAAUAAAUUGCAGGACUUCCUGCAUAUUAUUGUUUUCUACCAUUGUAUUGUUUACACAUUUUACUCCUCAGUUGUGUGUGAGUCCUAUCUGAAAAUGUGAAAUCUAAACAUGAGCUCAGAGAAAGAGUGUCUCAUUGCCUUAUGUUUAUUUUUGUUGACUGUCAUUAUGUACAGUAAACAGCUCACUGUUAUUAUAGGGGAAAAAAAUCAAUCAAAAAUAGUGAACUGCUGGUAAAUGCAAGCUGUACAAAUUUAGCCCCACCUGUAAGAAAAUAAGAUAAAGCCCAAAUGUUUUGUACAUUUAUUUAUAAAACUGAGAGCGGACAUGAAAAGAUGAAAGACUUUUGUACGUCUAUGACCUCCCCAUUCACUGUUCCCAUGCAACUGUUCAUCACAAUAAAAUAAUGUGAUUACCAUA